AUGGAGGUACGAACCAUAGUGUUAUGCGCGUGCAUAGCACUCACCAGCGCUACACUCGAGGUAGUGAACCAAUGGAGUCUCAUGCAGUUCGACUUCCCACCUGACCCGGUGCUUCUGGAAAAAUUCCAACCAGAGAACACCGUGCCAACUGGUUUGGAGAUCGGUUGGGAUCGGCUUUAUCUGGGGAUUCCCCGUUUGAGGGCCGGUGUCCCCGCCACAUUAGCCUGGGUACCCCGAUCUCUUCCACCAGGCGUCAGUCCAGUAUUGCAGGCCUAUCCCGACUGGUCAUGGCAUUCGGCUGGUCGAGGUGACAUCAAUUGCACCGGAUUAAUUUCUGUGUAUCGUGUGAGAGCCGAUCGGUGUAACAGACUCUGGGUCUUGGAUGCUGGAGUCAUCACAAGUUUGGACGACUUCAGAAGAGUCUGUCCACCAAAGAUACUCAUCUUCGACAUGACUACAGACCAACUGGUGAGGAGCGUGUAUUUCCCGAGAGAGUUACUACGACCGGCGUCUCUACUUACAAAUAUUGUACUGGACGACACAAAAUCUUCAAAUUCAAGACAUUCAGCUAACUGUGAUAAUAUAUUCGCCUACAUUUCUGACACAGUAGCUCCUGGCAUAAUAGUGUAUGAUGGAAGACGAGACAACGCGUGGCGAGUCACUCACGCCUCCAUGUACCCAGACCCUGACCUUGGAGAAUAUGACAUCGGUGGGGAAAAGUUCACGCUGAUGGACGGAGUUGUGGGCCUUUCACACUCACCAGCUCAAGGGCUGUUAUACUACCAACCUUUAGCUACUGAUAGAUUGUUCAGUGUGUCGACUGCUGUAUUAGCAGCAGGACCUCCCGCAGAAGGCCAGGACUUGCCAGUUAACCUGGUGGGGCGUAAGUCUUCCCAAGGUCUAGGCGUUGCAGUAGAUCCACGGGACGACACCAUAUUUUUCAGCCCCAUGACCGAAACUGCAAUAGCCGCUUGGAACCCCAUCACGAACUCGCACAGAGUUUUAGCCCAGGACCCAGAGAAGUUGCAGUUCUGUGCCGAGGUGAGGUGGGCUGAACGUGACAAUGGGAAUGUAUGGGCGCUGUCGACUAGAUUCCAUAAAUUCUUCAAGAGGACUGUUUCUAAACACGAGAUAAACGUGCGAAUCUUACGUGUGGUUGAGACGUCCUACGGAUAUGUACCACAGCCUCACGUACUGCGACGAGCUGCUAACUUCACACCAGCUGUAUAUUAA